AUUUCUCGUGACGCCGUCUGCAAUUUCGCCACGCUGAAAAACCUAGCGGCUUGAAAUUAUGGUGGCUUAACGCCGAGUUUUGUCGCCGAGUUUGGUGGCCAAGUCCGAAACUGCGGAACGAACGUGACUCGGUCGCUGUCGCUGCCCGAGUGGCACCCAAACGAAGAUCCCCAUUAGUUUUCCAAUUUCUGGAAAGUAGGUGAUGACAAGUGUUUCGCACUGAAAUCGAGAAGACGAAGAAACCCUCUUCUUCAGAUGCAAUGCUUAAUGGCUGAUGGAGCUUUAAUCACACUAGAUUCCGACGAUAUUUUGUCAGCAGAACAUACUUUAGCAGUCGGUAAAGAGUUCCCCGAUGUAGAAACUUGCAGGAGAGCUUUGAAAGAUUUGGCUAUAGCUCUGCAUUUUGAUCUCCGUAUUGUGAAAUCAGACCGUAGUCGAUUCAUAGCCAAAUGCUCCAAAGAAGGUUGUCCAUGGCGUAUCCACGCCGCGAAAUGUCCUGGCGUUUCAACGUUUUCGGUUAGGACGCUUAAUGGUGAGCAUACAUGUGAAGGUGUCCGUGAUCUCCACCAUCAGCAAGCUUCGGUUGGGUGGGUUGCUAGAUCAGUAGAGGCACGGAUUAGAGACAAUCCUCAGUAUAAACCGAAGGAGAUACUGCAGGAUAUACGAGACGAGCAUGGUGUUGCGGUUUCGUAUAUGCAGGCGUGGCGUGGGAAAGAGCGGAGUAUGGCUGCGCUUCAUGGCACUUAUGAAGAAGGGUAUCGGUUUCUUCCUGCGUAUUGUGAGCAGAUAAAGCUAGUCAAUCCCGGGAGCUUCGCAUCUGUUUCUGCAUCGGGACCGGAGAAUUGUUUCCAGAGGCUGUUUAUUGCGUAUCGAGCUUGUAUCUCCGGGUUUUUCAGUGCUUGUAGGCCACUUCUUGAAUUGGAUAGAGCACACCUUAAAGGUAAGUACUUGGGUGCGAUCCUCUGCGCUGCGGCUGUUGAUGCAGACGACGGUUUGUUUCCUUUAGCGAUCGCAAUCGUCGACAACGAAAGCGAUGAAAACUGGUCUUGGUUUCUCUCGGAGCUGAGGAAGCUUCUCGGAAUGAAUACCGAUAGCAUGCCAAGACUCACUAUACUUUCAGAGAGACAGAUCGGAAUAGUGGAAGCUGUCGGAACUCAUUUCCCGACAGCGUUCCAUGGGUUCUGUCUCCGUUACGUGAGCGAGAACUUCCGGGACACAUUCAAGAACACGAAGCUUGUUAACAUCUUCUGGAACGCGGUUUACGCGCUCACAGCAGCGGAGUUCGAGUCCAAGAUAACCGAGAUGGUUGAGAUCUCGCAAGAUGUGGUUCAGUGGUUCGAGCUCUUCCCUCCUCAUCUCUGGGCUGUAGCGUAUUUCCAAGGCGUGAGGUACGGACAUUUCGGUUUAGGUAUCACAGAGGUUUUAUACAACUGGGCUCUCGAAUGCCAUGAGCUCCCAAUCAUACAGAUGAUGGAGCAUAUUCGUCAUCAGAUAUCUUCUUGGUUCGAUUCUCGCCGUGAUAUGAGCAUGAGAUGGAACUCGCUGCUCGUGCCUUCUGCGGAGAGACGGAUCACAGAAGCUGUUUCUGAUGCUAGGUGUUACCAAGUGUUGCGUGCCAACGAGGUCGAGUUUGAGAUUGUUUCAACGGAGAGAACCAACAUUGUGGAUAUACGUACACGGGUCUGCUCGUGCCGGCGAUGGCAGCUAUACGGUUUGCCGUGUGCUCACGCGGCUGCGGCGCUGAUCUCGUGUGGUCGAGACGUGCAUAUGUUUGCGGAGCCGUGUUUCACUGUGGCUGCUUAUCAGCAGACGUAUUCACAGAUGAUUGGGGAGGUUCCUGAUAGGAGCUUGUGGAAGGAGGAAGGAGAAGAUGUUGGAGGAAGCUUGAGGAUACGGCCUCCGAAAACGAGGAGACCGCCGGGUAGGCCGAAGAAGAAAGUGGUUCGAGUUGAGAAUUUGAAGAGACCCAAGAGAAUUGUGCAGUGUGGAAGGUGCCAUUUACUUGGACAUUCUCAGAAAAAAUGCACACAGCCUAUUUGAUCAACUUAUUUCACUACCUCUUUUUUUUUUUUUUUCAAUAACUUUCUUCUUCUUUUCCUUCGUAGUAUUUCUUGUUUUGUUUUUGAUGUAAGUUGUAAUGUUUAAGUUCGAGUGCUUUUUUAGAGACUUAUC